GGAAGUCCAGGAGAUUCUUUGGAGGGCCAAGUUUGCCUAUGCCUGAUCCAAAUCUUUUACCUCUCCAUUACGUCCAAAAGUCACCGUUAAACUGCAAGCGUUAUUUACAAUGGUUUUAAAGAUAAAUUAUAAAUGUUCCCCAUUCCUUAUUAAAUUUCUGGUCUUGCUGAUUUCUGACUCUUCCAGUCAUUUUAGCCAUUUUGGCAUAAUCCAUCAUUCUUCUCUGGUGGGGACUUUUAUCUUCUUUCCAUAUCUGGGCCAAUAAUGUAUGUGGUUGCAUACAUAAUUAGCCUUUUCUGAUCCCUUGGGAUUUCGGCACCUAGAAUUCCUAAAAGAAAAGCUUUGGGUUUUUUUUUUUAGAAAAAGUUAUUUUAAACAUUUUUUCAACUCUUAAAUCAUUUCCCAGCACUUCACAUUUCAAACCCUAUCUCAUUGACUUGGUGGGUUUUCCUCCCUUUAUCUCACAAACUGCCCUAAUGUCAGUCAUAUUUUCUGUGGUAACUUCUCUCAAUGCAGCAUAAAGAUAUAUUUAUCUUUAAAAUGAGGUUUUCCUUACCAGCUGCAUCCAAGAGCAAGCCCUCAAAAUAUGUGACACUUCAGGUAUCUUGCUCCUGAGCCUCCUUGCUGGAAGUAAAACAAACCAAUGCGAUUUUAUUUACCUGCAAAUAUUAAUUCUAUGUAAAUACGAAUACGAAAUGACAACAAACGAAUCUGCAUACACACUGAGAAAAUUGACUACUGGCAACUGGCCGGUACUGUACUCCAUUUAUUUUAAAUAGUUGAGUCACUUUCCUAUUAAAAGUGCCCAGAGUAUCUGUCAAUUAAACAACCAGAACUUUGUAAUGCUAUAUCUAUUUUUAAAUAGUAAAAAGAGAGAGAGAGCAAACUUGGUAGACUGAGUAAUUUUUGUCCUGCUAACCUGGAUGGCAGCUGUAAUAGCAUUGUUACUCAAGUUCUGAGUCUGUUUUGGUGAGUUUGUUUUAUGUUUUAAUAAUACUGAUCUUUUAAUUUAAGAAAAUACUUAAUAUUUUUAAUUGUUGUAAGCCAGAGGGCAUCUGCACAGUCCCCUCCCUCCACUGAAAUUAGACUUAAAGGAAGCAUUCUAUUGUAGUCAAUAGUAUAGGUUGUGACCUGCACUUGUAGUUGUGUGUGUUUGGCACCAGGCACAGUUUUUGCAGUCUGCAAAUUUGCCCACCGGCCCAAAAAGGUUAGCAACCCCUCUAUGUAAGCUGCUUUUUUUUGUUCAGGAAAGCAUCCUAUAAAUAUUUUAGGAUACUAAAUAAAUAAAGAAGACUUAGGGUAAGAUCAAUGUGACAGCAGACAAGGAAACCAGUGGAGAGAUUGCAGGACCAUAAUUCAGUUAAAAGCCUUGGCUAAGUUGAAUGGGUUUUGUCUACCCCAGGCAUCCCCAAACUUCAGCCCUCCAGAUGUUUUGGACUACAAUUCCCAUCAUCCCCGACCACUGGUCCUGUUAGCUAGGGAUCAUGGGAAUUGUAGGCCAAAACAUCUGGAGGGCCGCAGUUUGGGGGUGCCUGGUCUACCCUAACAAUGAGGCUCCUGCCUCAGUCUACCCAGGAGGGUAUGGUGCCACUAGAUUGGAAAGCCAGCUGUAUCAGCUUCAACUCUUGAGACGUUCAGUUCUCUCCAGUGGAUAGUGAAAUAUAUACAUGUUUGCAACUUUUAUAUACCAGAGAACAACAUUGCACAUCGCCAGCAUAUUUUAUUGACGUGGUGGGCUCAUAUCUAUUCAUGAAUGUUAUAAACUUUACCCUGUCUAUAUUUUUCUCUAUAAGUGUGUUUAAAAAUUAUACUGUCUUCUAACGAAGUAUUUGAAACCUGACAACUUGGCUCAAAUGAAGACUAAAUAUAGAUGGAAAGCACACUGUGUUUCAGAGCUAAGCUUGUGGGUUUAGUUGAGACACUCCAAUACUGGAUUUAUUUUCAGAUCUUUGGUGUGAUGGAGAGUUCUUCCGUGGAAAGUGACUUGCAAAACUUUCAUAAAGAAAGGAAACUUUAUGCAGUUGAUUCUUUGAACAACCUAAAUGAACAAAAUCUUUGUGCAGAUCGAUAUCGGCACGCUGCAGUCUGGGAAGAGAACUUACACAGUCAGAGGUGUUUGACAAUUCAAAACGGCAUGAGAUGCCAAAGCUGGUUCUUUGUCACAUUGAUCAUUACUUUAAUUGUCAGCUUGGCACUAGUUUCUUUUGUAAUAAUCUUAAUAGUUCACACUGGAGACAAGAUGGAUGAAGUGUCAAGAAAAUUAGUGGUAGAAAAGAAGAGCAUUGAUGACCUUAAGGAAUUAAACGACAUGAUUUUGCAAUACCUUAAUCAGACAGAAUGGAUGGGGAGUAUAGGAAACUUCAGCACAAAUCAAGCAAGGGAUCCAGGCUAUUGACUAAGGGAAUUCUGAGCAGCUGGAAGGAACAGGAGAGUGUGCCAUUUUUGCAAUAAAAUCCACUCAGUAUACUUACCUAAUUCCUGACCUCUGUGCAACAAAGCUUUUUAUUAAUAAUUCUGUAGGCUCCAUAACUCUUAAGAGUGAACUUUAAAAAGCCUGCUAAGCAUUUGUUUCUAGAACUACGGUGCAUUGGUGCAAUGCAGUUUCUAGGUUCUUGUUCAUUCCUUAGUUAUAUGGAUGAGCUUAGUUAAAAUACGUCUGAUUUUGAGGUGAUGCAUCUAGAUCCCACAUUUGCAGAUGGUGAAACAUCCUGUAUUGUGGUUCCUGUUUCUUGUUCACUGUAAACAUAAAAAUUAGCAUCUGCUUUCUCUAAGGUUGCAUAUGUUUAUAGUGGCACAUCAUAAAGUGCCUGCUUUGUCUUGUGUUAUAAAAUUUGCAAGUGAAGGUAGAUGGGAUUUACUCCUUUGCAAAGCACACUUUAGGUUUAUUAUUAUUAUUAUUAUUAUUAUUAUUAUUAUUAUUAUUAUACAAUUAAGGCAAGCCUUCAUUUGCAUGAGUGCAAAUGUUUGGCUGGUUUCACACAUGUGUAUACAUCACAUGCUUUCUCAAAACUUUCAAGAUUCUCAGCCAAAUGUGCGAAUCGUCUCUGUUGAAAAGCAUUGUUUGAUAUGACAUCUAGUGAUAUGAAAGUUCUAUCUAUAGUGAUUAAUCUGUUCAAUGAAGGCUGCUUGAUCUCAGACAUAGCACCGGGUAGAUACUUUUGAAAGUCCCUCCCAGCUGUUAUUGCAUGCUAGAUGUGCUUCUUGUAGUAAACAGCAUUUGGGAGUAAAUAGCAGUGUGUGAGGAUCUUUUGGCAGGAAACAAUUGCAUAUCCCAAUGAAGUGUAUGUGGGUUCCCACAAGGCAAGAGACAGUGAUAACAGCAAGAACCUUUAUUGAACUACAUAACUGGGAAACAGAGGCAAAGCAACUGCUUAUAUACAUUUCUGAAAGCCUGGGCCAACGUGAUUGGCUGUAUAAACUCCCAAGCUGCAAAUCACGACUCAGAGUUCAGGGGCCAAUGGCAGAGGCCCAAAUCCUGAAAUGUUCUGAGAUUGGACAUCAUGCAUCGAAUCAGAACACAGCAGCUCAGAAUCCUUAGUCCAGACUCAAGCUCAGGCGAACACAGAUCACUGAAUACAUAACAGUCCCCAUUCUGGGUUCAGAGCAUGUUCCAGAUUGAAGCCCUGUGCCUGCUUUUUCUUCAAAAUGAAAGUGGAGACUUUAAGCACUUUUAUUUUAUAAAAAUCUUGUUUAUUGUAACAUGUACCUUGGCCCUCAUUGACACUAUUGACUCUUUUUGUGCAUGGCUCUUGUGGUAAUUUUCCAGAAAUGCAGAAGUGUUCUUCUUGUGUGUGUUUGCUUUUUAUGUUUGCAUGCCAGCAAUCAGGGACUCCCCAGGUUGCACUACGGGUAUACUAACACUACACAAAAUGAGUGACAACCAGGCAUGUAUAGACUAUGGGAAUAUCUCUAUGGAUUAAGAGGUUUACGGUACCUGCCAUGCUCACCUCUUGUAUAACUAUGAUUUAUGAAAAUGCAAUCCCAAAGAAAGCAAAAGUCAUUGUCAGAUGGUACUGAAUCAAAUACAGUACUGUAUUUCUGAAAUCGUGACAACUCAACGUUGUAAAAAUCAGGUGCUUAGCUAAGAGUCCAGCUCUGGCAUGAUUACAGUUAGCGCUUCCUGCCAAAAGGGGAGGAAAAACAUCCAAGCAGUUUACAGUCUGCAGCCAGUUCGAGCUUUAUAACAAAGGAUUCACAUACAGAGAUGAAUCGUAAACAACUACAUUUGCUUAUCAGAACCAGCUCCAGCGUUUUCAGUUCAGGAAUGGAUUUAUAUAAUUGCAUUUCCUGACUAUUUGCUGUCUUCUAGACUGGUUUGCCACUGUUUGCAAUGCACUUCACGAUGUACUGAUUUAAUGUCCUGAAUUGCAAUGAGCUUGUUCCAAAGGAAUGAGACUCACAUCCAUGCAGUCAAUUUAUGUUGCAGAUGAGUGGAAAGGCACAUUCAACAUUUAUCAAUAAUUAUGGUUUCUUUUGUUUCCCACUUGUAUCCUCUCCUUAGCAACCCUUCACUCCACUUUUAUCCAGGCUGAGGAAUAUAGCUUACCAGCAAAGUGACAAGGCACCAUUAAUAAGCUUAAAGUAGAAAACAUUUUCAUUAGGAUUUAUAGCAGCUAUUGAAUCAGCUGAAGUUUGGGAUUAUGCCGAAAAGAGAGAAAACUAUAUCACAUAAUAGUUUGGGAUUAUGCCGAAAAGAGAGCAAAUUACAUCACAUAACCACUGCACUGAAGAACCAAAAUGAAUCCGAAGGUCAUCUUGUCCAAUUUCCUACUGUAAGAAUUUUCAUAUUGUUACAAGCUCUCUAUCCUUGUCCAAGUGGGGAUAAAUGGUUUCUGCGGCAGAACUACAGGAGUUAAUUUUCUUGUGAUGAAAGAAUACUCUUUGCUCCCUUUCCUCAGUUCUGAUGGGUAUGUCAUUUCAAAAGCUGGAGAGCAAUACCCAGCUAUCAGGAGAUUGAUUGUAUUUGAUCGUUAGUGCCCACUGCUGAAAAACCAACUGGUACACCCUGUAUGGAACAAUCAACUCUACAAAGAGCAGCUGACUAUCAGCUGUAAAAAAAUAGCCAUCUAGAGAACAGCACCUACAAUCUGGAGUAUAGUGUGCCAUAAAAGAAACAACAGGACCCCAACCUAAAAAUAUUUAUGUGCGUUGAUGGGUGUGGGCAAGAAUCUCAAUGCUUCCAGGGCUGUUAGUUCAGACAGUACUGUAUAACUGUUGCAAAGAACGCCAAACACAUUCACCAGACAGCUGGAUGUUUCUCUUCUCUCCCUACAGCAUGCUUUUACAUGGGCAGAAUCUGAUCCAGAAAAGCAAUUUGUAAAUAAAAGUCAAUGAAUACCUUGCCAAGUUGAGGUGCAGGACUGAGCAAA